CCGCCUCUGAAGUGAUUUAAAUCUUUGACAGUUUCAUAUCAUAAACCGCUUCAUAACGCCGGUGUUAAUGUGUCUCUCUCUCUUUCUCUAUUAAAAUUAAGUUAAUGAUUUACUGAAAUUCAAAUGUGAAGUGCUAGUGCCGAAAUGGUUCGUCGGAAAUUCGUUAAAUGAACGCGGGAAUCAGCCAUGAUGGAGCAACGUCAGAAUUCGGUGUAUCCAUCGAACCUAACGGACUUCCUGACUGCCUCCGCGUACCAGCAGAACGUGGAACGUCUCUCGAACCUCACGGAAGACGACAACUAUGAGGCGGAGAAUCUCGACAGGUCUUCGUCGCCGGUAUCAGCGCUGGACGACGGAGACAGUAACCAUUCGGCUUUCGGCGUGGAUUUGACGGGAAAAUCCACGAAUUUGGGGGGGAAAUCUUUUACGAUAGCUGCCAUUUUGGGCUUGACGGGCCCUGAUGAGGACGUUAUGAACUUAAGCGUCCAGGAACGACUGCAGAAUCAGAGGAACCUGCACAAUUACCUGUACUCUGGUCACGAGGUGCAGAGACUGAAUGAAGGCUUCAGAGGCAUUGUGACCGGACCGACCGGGCUAAGACAAGACAGUCCCCGACCUGAAAUCCGGCAGCAGAUUGGCCAGAUGAAGAGCUCGAGGAGCCAUACCUUAUGUUCUACAAGCUCGGGCCGGAGUAAGAGGAUAAGAACAAUAUUCACUCCUGAGCAACUGGAGCGGCUGGAGGCGGAAUUCGAGAGGCAACAGUACAUGGUCGGCCCCGAGAGGCUGUAUUUAGCGCACGCGCUGCAUCUCACGGAAGCUCAGGUGAAGGUGUGGUUCCAAAAUCGGCGUAUAAAAUGGCGGAAGCACCAUCUGGAAGUGACGCAGCAACGCUUGGCCGUACUCCAGCGACACCACCACGACCAAGAGGAAGACGCUUAGGAUAUAAUUCGGAUAUAGCACACCCCGUAUACAAAGGCACCGUACCCUGAAAAAAGCGAAAUUUAAUUUUUCGAACGUUAAAAAUAACGUUUUUUUUUUUUAUAAUACGCUUUUAUUAGCUUCAGACUUAUGUAUGUAUGUUUGUAACGGAAUCUUUGAUCAUGAUUUUGACCCCCUUCAAAACGUGGGAUUAACUCGAAAUUUGGUAUACUUAUUAAGGACCGAUGACAAUUCAAUAUUCAAAAAAAUAUAUUGAAAAAUUUUAAAUCCAACUAAAAAAUAGUAGUAAAUAGUAAAUCCUUUACAAUAAAAUCAUUUUUUCUUACACUACUUUUAAUUCAAAUUUAUUAAAAUUUGUUUUCUAUUUUUAGCUGGAUUUUCUAUAAGAGCAUAUAUUGUUAGUUUUUUUAAACUAUUAUUUUCUUGUAGCUGAGCUCACGGAUUCAACCUGAGAGAAUUUGCUAACACUGGCCCUAGCAAGAGCAGUGUUUCGCAGAAUCUACCACCGGAUCGGAAACGCGACCCACUGAGAAGAUCCGGCGAGAAGCUCACUCAUAAGCAAUAUAAAAAAUCACUUCAGUGCGCCGCGUAGGGCACCGGUGACCUACACGGCAGUUAGUGUGUUAAAUAAAACUUUUGAUGAAGUUCAAUCAAUUUGCAUUUCAAGCAAUCAAUUUAAUUGCAUAAUUUAAUUAUUGUAAUACUAAUUGUAGAUUAAGAUCGAUAUUAUAAAAUAAAUGUAAUAAAUAAUGUACCUACUUAGUUCGCUUUUCGCGACUCAUAGAUAAGACAAAAUUAAGAUUACUUUUAUGGUUCGUUCCCCCGUUUUUUACUGUCAUAAUAUUGAUUUAAUUUAAAAUUAUAAUAGUUUUAAAAUAAGAUAAGAAAAUAAAAAAACAAACCUUACGUCACAAAUUCUUAUUCUCUAACAUAAUCUGUAUUGAAUUGACACAUCGUAAUGUCAAAGUCUAGAAAUACUCGUAAUUCGUACAUUUAAAUUUUUAAUCAUAAAUAGACUAUUUAUUAUUGUGUAAUGUAAAUAAAAUGUAAUUAUAUGAUUAGUUUAUUAAUUAGUUAUUUUAAGAAUGUGAUUAAUAAAUACGGCAUAUCGAAAAGUGGUAGUUUGUUUUGAUUUUUUUUGUUUUAAUCACGCCACGUUAACUGGUCCCGUGAUAAGUUCGUAAAGAACUUACUUAUACGUAUUACGUACUUAUUAUACAAAUAUCUUCCUUUGGCGGGAUUCGAACCCGCGACCCCCUUGUGUAGUGAUCAUGUCACUUACCACUACACCAGACGGCCGUUUAAGUUGGUAAUUGGUUGGAUUGGUAAUUGGUUUUGACAGGGACACAGAUAGCCCCCAAUUCCAAAUUAUCUGUGGACAGGGAUCACUAAUUAGUUUCGCUCGGGGUCUGGCUUAAGAAAUAGGAUAGACCGGAUAGACCUUUUUUUUUUUCGGGCCGGGGGCCGGACCUACGAGGUCCCCACGGCUAGGAUGCGCGCGGGGUAUGCGGAACUGAGGGACUCUUUACUCGCGGGCUAUAUGUUCCGUAAAUAUGUUGCGAAUACAGAUACUGUGAAUAUGGCAUGGUGAUGGUACAAAGGAUAUUCGGUUGGAAGGUACCUACAUAUUGGAAUCUUGUUUGUCAAUGAUGUAUCGAUUAAAUCCGCGAAUAAAGAAAUAUUUAGCGGUGAAUAUAGGAAUUGGGUCGCAUUUUUUAAUCCGCGAAUAGUGAAAAUGCGAAUGAAGGAAGCGCGAUUAAAGAGCUUUUACUGUAUAAUAUAGAAAUACUUACUCGAAUCGAACACACUAUAAAACUGGUAUUUUGCGUUAAGCGCCAUCUAUUGACAGCGUACUAAAACAUUGGAUUUCAAUAUAUUAUUAUUUUUCGAUUUCACUUUAUUCUCUCCUUUAUGAAGGUCAGAUAGAAAUACAGUCAAAACCGUUUACUGCGAACUCGUUUAGAACAACAUGCCGGUUAUAAUAACCAAGAACAAAGGUCCCGGCUGAAUGCUAUAUGACCGCCUUAUUAAAAAUAUUGCUUUCUACGACAUUGGUAAUAACGACAUACCUCAUAAAACGACCACAUUUAACUAAUGUUUCGGAGAAUUAGAUCUGUUAGAACGACCGGCUAAGCUGUAUUGUAAACAAUUUGAAUAGGUAUCCACAUUUGUCUUCAAUGGCUAUUAAAAUCAGGAAAGAAAACAAUAGGAUUUAGUUUAGUGUAGGGUCUUUUCUAAUUCUUAGAAACAAAACACGUGCAUACGGUAGUCAAAGCCCGCUGCUUCACAUCUCUUCAGUUAGUUUGUUACUUAUCUAUACACAAGACGCACCAAAACUUUGUGGGGUUAUUCGUGAAACUUUCAAAAUGUUGCAAAGAAAAAGACAACAAAUUAAUAUUGAAGAAAAAUCGCGUAUUAUGUAAAUAUAUUUUUCCAAUAAUUCCCUAUCGAUUUGUUUGUACUUGAACGAUACACAUUAAGCAUCACCGGUUGUUACGACUAUCGGUUUUUACGACUGAAUAUGAGCAGUCCCUUCGAUGUCGUUAUAACAGAUUUUGACUGUAGUAAUAAUUUAUAAUUCGUUAUUAUAGACUAUUUAGAGUACAUUUUAGGGACACGAAAAGCUGGUAAUCUCUGGUACUUCAAGUAUCACAAUCUUUAAUAUAUUGACAAAAAAAAUUAAUAGAUGGCGUUGAUACAUCCAAAUCACACUAUUGAAAAAUCUUUAGUGAUAUAAAAGAAAAUAAUAAUAUGUAAUAAUUAAUUUCAUACAUUUCAAAGUUUUAAAGCUUGAUAAGAGACAAUUUCAAUAUGUGUAUAUAUAAAUAAUUAUAAAUUAUGAAUCUAUUAUUAAAUCUAAUAAUCCACAUCUACAUAUCUAUAUAAUAUAUAAAAAUGUAUUGCCGUUCGUUAUAUUGACAAAAAAAUUCAAUAGAUGGCGUUUCUACCUACAUCCAAAUCACACUAUGGAAAAAUCUUUUGUGAUAGAAAAGAAAAUAGUAAUUAAUUUCAUACAUUUCAAAGUUUUAAAGCUUAAUACGAGACAAUUUGAACAUGCAUACAUAUAAAUAAUUAUAAAUUAUAAAUAUAUUAUUAAAAUUUAAAUUAUAAAAUAAAUUUAAUACUAUAUGAUCAUGCGCUUAGGUUAAGCGCUGUUGUUGUCGAUAUUAUGAUCUUGGUUAGUCAUUUCAAAUCAUGUAGGACAUAAGUUCAUUAAUUUUAGGACAGCAAAAAUUAACACAACGUAUUACGAAAUAUUUUAAAAAUAAAUAAGUUUACUCAACUCAUAAAGCUCAAACGAAAAACUGUCGAAAACUUUUUGAUGUACGUCAAUAGAUGUCGCUAGACGUAAAAUGUAAAACGCGCCAUCGUUUGUUGCAAACAAAAACUAUAAAAACCCCCAUUGUCGAAAUUUAAAGUGUCUAUGGGUUAUAACGGUAACCACUUAACAUUAGGAUUUUUGUUAAACCACCUUUCACUGUAAUCAGUGACGCAGUGGUCCAUAAUAGUUCACGAUAUAAAUAACUCAAAGGGGAUGGCCCAUUUUAGGCCCAAAGCGGACAAUAGAUUAUAGAAAAAAUACUUAGUGCAUUAAUUUUGUCAUAAAUAAAUCGACAGCUCCUACGUAUAUUAUCGUAACCAACAAAUUGACGAAAAUGACAUUUUUAGAUUUUCAAAUACUUUAUAACAUCGUUUAUCGUUUCAUCUAGACAUGCGCAAAACAUCACUUCCCAAUGUAAUGUGAUAUGACAUCACUUUUACAGACAGGUGAUAUUACUCGAAAACAUUACACAUCACUCAUAACAUUACUCGGUGCGUUCAUUAGAUACUGUGACGACGAAUACAUCGUAUCUAUACACCCGAAUCAUUACCUAAGUGAUGUGUAUCAACACAUCACUUAAGUAAUGAUUCGGGUGUGUCAUUACAGUAGUGUAUUACAAUACAAAGUAUGAACUUUGUAUUGUAAUACACUGUUAUAUUACUUGACAGAGAUUGACUUACUUAUUAAUAUAAUAAUUUUAUUUUUUACUUAAUAUAAUUUAUUGUGGAAUGAACGGAUUUCAUAUGGCGACUUAGACUGCAAAUUGAGCUAGACAAUAAUGUUAAUUAAUAUAUUAUACGAGGAUGCAUUGUUUCGGCGCGAUAUCUUCAAAGUGCAUCCAAGGAGGACUGUACUUUCAUUUAGACGCCGUUAUUUCUUUCACUUAUUAAACACGCAUUAAAACAAAUAAUAAAACUAUCUUCAAACAAGUGCUUAAGUAAUUCAAAUCAAACACAAAAAUUAAUAUGAAAUAUUACUAAACAAUUACGAGCGACUAGCGAUUUUACAAAAGUUGCGAAUAAAAAAUUAAGUAACUACUUGCGGGGAACUACCGGCUGGCCGCAUGAAAAAUAUAAACACAAAUAUAUACCUAUAUUAAAAUUCAGACGUACCAUAGGUAUAAAAAUGUACCUAGCGGCCAGGGCAUACGGUUCAAAAUGACUAGGAAUAAUUCCGUGUCUCUUGCUCAUUUAUUUUGCGUCGAUCGGUCUGUCUCGCUCGCUCGGUUCCGUUCGUGUAUUAAGGAACAUUACACGACAAAGAAAGAAACAUGUUGGGUGAUAGUGUGAUGUUUGUUUCCUUCGCGUAAUGUGUGAUGUUGCAUUACAUCGUAGGGUAAUAUUACCCGAGUAAUAUCACUCGCAUUACUUACACAUGUCUAGUUUCAUCUAAUAAAAAAAAAAUUAUUUGCAAUAGAACCAAAGAUAUUGAGAGUGCAUAUUGUCGUAUGUUCAUAUUUACCGUAGUAAUAUAUCGUAUAGUGCAGUUAAUGUGCUGUACGCGGGAGGCGAGUGAUCGUUUAGCCGCGCGAAGGAAUGGUAAGUAGUAGUACCGAUUGUAUACGCCGGAGAGGAGCUCGAGCGCGGCUAAUAUCACAUUUUAAAAAAAUGUACUGAUUUAUAUUAUUUAAUGGACAGUAAGUAUAAGAUUAACUAUCAACUAUGUCAUCUAGGUCAAAACGAAUGAUUGAUGCAGUAAUGAAACCGGUAAAACAAUGUGAUAAUUUGAUUGGCAAAAACCGGUAAACGCUAAUAAUUCAACUUAUAGUGAUGAUGUGUGUACAUCCAACCCUUUUGUGGAAAAUACUACGAGGGUACAAGGUAAUAUAUAUGUUUUACACUAUGAAUAAUUAUUUUAUGAUUUAUUUAAAAUAUAAUAAUAUGAAAUAGUAUAAUACCCACAGUAAAAUAUCGUAAGUAUAUAUAUACUAUACUAUACGUUGAAUUUAGAUCCUUCUCCAAUAUCGUAAGUAAAUACUUACGAUACUUUACUAUUGAAAAAAAUAUAAACGAGUCCCGUAUCUGCUCUUACGAUAUUUUACAUUGGAAUUUCCCAUACUUUUUUUAUCCUAUGUCACACUUAAGAUAUUGUACUUCGAUAUAAAGCAUAACUUACUAUAGUAUUCUUUUCAAAAAAUCUCAAUAAAAAGAUAUUUUUGUUUUUCUUUUACAGAGUUACCGCCCCUUUUUGACGCAGAUAUUGAUGAGAUAAACCAAUUGAUGGAUUUGUCCUAUUUUGGGUCCUAUGUGUCAUAUGUACCUACUGCAGACUAAAAUGUUCAACGAAAAUGAGUGAUGAUGACAGAAUAUUGAUUUUCAAUAGAUUUUAAGAUUUAGGAAACUGGGAAAAGCAGUUUAGCAGCAGCAGCUUUUAUUGAAAACUUGGUUGUCAAACAAAAAAACUAAGGAUUUUCACUGACAUGGAAUCUAGGCGUAGGUUUACUUUGAUUUAUAGAUUACCAAGGGCUGUUUUAGACGACCAGGAAAUCUAUUUAACUGUGUACAAGAAGAUGUUUCUAAACACAUUUCCAUUAAGUAAACAAUUUGUCUAUAAGUCUUUAGAAAAAAAGGUAAGGUAAGUGGAUUGAUAGAAGCGGAUCUGCGAAGGCGUCGCAAAGUAAUAACUAGGGAUGUUAUCAGAAGUAUAUCCGAUCACAUAAAAUCUCUUCAGCCUGUAGAGUCUCAUUACUCUCGCCAAGGAAGUAGUAAAAUUUACCUAGACGGAGAUCUAAAUUUCCAUCGCUUGUUUGAGUUGUAUAAUGAGUGAUUUAAUACACUAACAUACUCUUCAAAAGCUAGUUCUGAACGGCAAUAUCGCGACAUCGUCAAUGCAUACUUUAAGUUUAGUUUUUAUAUGCCAAAGAAGUACCAAUGGGACAAAUGUCAUAUCUAUAAGAAUAUAUCUAGUCUGACACUAUCUGAAACACAAUUAUAUGAAGCACAUAUUAAAAAUAAAGAGAUAGCUCGCAAAAAAAACUCGACCGAUAAAGAACUGGCCAAAGUAUCAGAUGGUAAACUAUUAGUCGCCACUUUCGACUUUCAAAAGUUCUUACUGCUCCAAAUGGUAAUAUAAGUAUCCUUUAUUAUAAACGAAAGCUUUAACUGUUUAAUUUUACAGUUUUUAAUGUGGCUGAACAGGAAGGUACUUGUUUUAUGUAGCAUGAAGUCCAAGGGAAACGCGAGGCAAACGAAGUGGCUUGUAUGAGUACAUCUCCAAACGUAAGGAUCAAGGUACAAGCAAGCUUCGGUUGUCGCUUUUAUUUUUAAAGUGACAAUACAUCAUUGUUUUUUAGAAGUUGGUCAUAACCAAAAUGAGGGCGAUAGCGUUCACACCUUAAUAGAAAAAUGUGCCAAGAAUAAACUUGCUUAUACACCAUUUGAGUGUUUUUGUUUAGUACGCUGGGCUAAGCAAAAAGGAAAGCCUUAUAUUGUAGAAGAAUUACAACACACCGUUUUUUUUAAUUGCAAAACGUUAUUAAAGGGCAAUGGGGUUAAAAGUACUAAUGGAGAAAAAGUUAAAUGGAAUAAAAUAAGAGAGGUGUUUAAAACCUGAAGAUCCUUAUAAAUUAUUAUAUAAAUAUGAUUUAGCUGCCGAAGAUUACCAUACUUUAUGUAUAAAAACGUCUACCAGGAGACAAUGUGUAAUCAAUAUUGAUGUACUGUAUGCCAAUAGGCUGCCGAUGAUACCUCAGGUGAAAAAAUAUGAUUUGAUGAGCAUGUGCAAAUCUCAAAUCAUACGCACGCUCAUUAUGAUUUUGUCCAAAGCGUAUCAGAUACUGGUAACGACAGUUUUCCGGAUUUAGAUACAGACUAAUUUUGUAAUAAUUAAUGUUUUUUUUUUAAUAUUACAUAGUUUUUAUUAAUUUCUUUUUAUUUUUGUACUGAAAAUUUUAGAUUUUAGAGACUGCACAAUACUGAUUGAUUUUUUUACGAAUAUUCAAGUAAUGAAUAAAUAUUUUUUUCUUGUUAGUAAAAGAUAUUUUUAUUUAGUUGAUAAGGAGUGCAGGGAUGAAUAGAUAAUAAUAAUAUGUAUUAUAUUUUAAAUUUGAAAGAGAUUUUAUUUAGUUCAUUUUAAAUUUCAGAUAUAAGUAUUUCAUUGCAUUUUUUAAAUAAUACGUGUAUUUUUUAAAGCAAAAUACUAUUUAUUUUGGAUGAAGCAAAUUGAUUUAGACAAUACGUAAAUUAAUAAAACAAUAAAUACAAUCUUUAUGAUAAUAUAAAGAUUUUAUUUCAUGUUCUUAAUACUACAUACUAUUAAAAUAACAACAAUACCAUUGAUUAAUAUUUUAAGAUUAUUUUCUUAGAGGGAAUGUUUAUUUAGACUGUUUUGAUUACGAAAUACAUUAUAUUUCAGUAUAAUGGAAGAUAAUUAU